UCAUCAAAUGGUAAACCCCUUAUAAGAUAUAUCUAAAUCACUACACCACCACUCGCUCGCCCUUCUCAAUUUCCAAAGCACACAUCCGCUUCUUUCUCUCUCUCUUCCGCUGUGUGGGCUGAGACUUUGUUGUACGGACUGAUAGAUUCUUCUUCGCUUUCUGAGAAGAAAAAGAAGGGAACAACAAGAAGAACAUUGGAGAAAGGAAGAGAGAAGCAGAAAUCUUGAACCGAACCGUCGUCACCCGUCAACCAAGAUGUCGCGCAGCUGCUCGCAGUGCGGCAACAACGGCCACAACUCCCGUACUUGUGCAGAGGCUGGCUCCGGUGCCGCCUCGGAAUCUGGUGGAUUUAUGCUGUUUGGUGUUCGUGUAACCGAGGGCUCGAUCCGUAAGAGCGUCAGCAUGAACAAUCUGUCGCAGUACGAGCAACCUCAAGAGCCCAACGCCGACGUUAAUGACGGAUACGCCUCCGACGAUGUCUGCCAUGCCUCUGCUGGGAACCGCGAGCGCAAAAGAGGAGUUCCAUGGACCGAAGAAGAACACAGGCUUUUCCUAGUAGGCCUGCAGAAGGUAGGAAAGGGAGAUUGGAGAGGUAUUUCUAGAAACUUCGUCAAGACUCGUACGCCUACUCAGGUAGCUAGUCAUGCUCAGAAAUAUUUCCUCCGUCGAAACAACCUUAACCGGAGGAGGCGCCGAUCCAGUCUCUUCGACAUCACCACCGAUACGUUUAUGGGAUUGCCAAUGGAAGAAGAAACUGUUUACCAGGAGACCACAACUCAGUCACCGGCACCGGUGAACUGUAACAUACGUUUUCCGGUACCGGCCUUCCCUGUGACGCUUAGUCCCGUGGUACUGCCCGGCGGUGGCGAGAAUCCCAUAGAGAAUCUGACGCUGGGAAAAAGUGAACAAACGAAUGCGCCAACAAAAGUUGUCCGCCCGAUACCUAUACUACCCAUACCGCCAGCAUCGAGAAUGGCUGAUCUUAAUCUGAACCAGAAAUCCUCUGCGGAUCCAUCGCCGUUGUCGCUUAAACUGUCUACUCCGUCAUCAGAUCAACAAGCGUCACCGAGACAUUCUGCUUUUCAGGCCAUGCCGAGCUUUGGCUCAGGGGAUCUCGAUUCCAACGGUGGAAGCAUUAUUACCGUUGCCUGACAAUAAACUUUCUAUAUAUCUUUUUAGGCAAAACAAGAGUAGUUAGGGUUAGAUUUAGAUUAGAUUAAAUUGGAUUAAGCGAGACAAAGUGAUUUGGUGAUUCCUUGUUUGUACAGAGUAGACACAGUCGAUAAAGGAGAUGCGUUGUUGUUUUGGUGGUGGACUGUAAGGGAUGUAAUCUUGUUUAUCUCUCUCAUCUUGUUUGCCUGCGGUUUGUUUGGUGGUCUCAACUCUCAAGGGAUUUACAUGGCAAAAAAAAAAAAAAAUUAUAUCGACUAUCAUUAUAGACAUUUUCUGCUUAACAAAAAUAAUUCUGGAUGCUGCUGUUUUUACUGGAA